UCCACGCUUCCUCCAAAACACCACCUGCCUCACUCCUCUCAUCACAUCAGCGGUCUCCCGUCUCCUGCUCCUCCUCUUCCUCUCUCCAUCACCGGUCUGCCGUCCUCCCACUACUCCCUUCACUCGCCCUCUCACCUCUCCAGCCAUCCGGCCAUGUUCGCCAACCCUGCUACACUGCCUCCUCCGCCCACCUUACCGACCAACAGCCUGGUGGUGCCAGGACACCCUGCCGGACCACCCUAUCCAGAGCAUGAUCUUCUGCGGCAGGAGCUGAACAACCGCUUCCUGGUUCAGAGCUCGGAGCGAGGUCGGGGGCCGGCGCCGGGGGCCACAGGGUCGCCGUUGGGCCCUGUGUCGCUCCUCCGGGCCGAGUUUCACCAACAUCAGCAUAUGCACCAGCACCAACACACGCAUCAGCACACCUUCACGCCCUUCCCUGCCAGUCUGCCCCCGGCAGCCAUCAUUGGGCCGCCCACUGCACCUCCCAUGGUGCGUACCCCAGCCAGAAAUUUCGACAAGUACGCCCCAAAGCUGGACAAUCCUUUCUUGAGACAUUCAAAUUUCUUUCCCUCCUAUCCACCAACAAUGCCAGGCAUGCCUCCAUUGCUUCCACAUUCAGGGCCCUUCAGUUCACUGCAAGGAGCCUUCCAGCCUCAAAAGGCUCCAAACACUAUUGAUGUUGCAGCACGACCAGGAACGGUCUCGCACACUCUCCUUCAGAAGGACCCAAGGAUAACAGAUCCUUUUAGGACCUCAGUAAGAAAGCCAGGCAAAUGGUGUGCAGUGCAUGUUCAAAUCGCCUGGCAGAUCUACCAUCAUCAGCAGAAGAUGAAACAGAUGCACUUGGACCCACAUAAACUGGAUAUGAAUGGAAAACUUGAUCUGUUCAGCCGUCCUCCAGCUCCAGGUGUGUUCCCUGGGUUCCCCUACCCUCAUGAUCUGGCCAGACCCCUCUUUUCAUCAACAGGAUCGGGACAUCCAGCUGCUUCACCCUAUGGACCGUCUCCUCACCACGCUGGCUUCCUGCCUCCUAGCCAUUUGGCAGGUAAGUAUCCAUUCAGUCGCUCCAGUACCUUUGGCGGCCUCAGCAACCUUUCAAGCAGUGCCUUCGGUGGAUUAGGCAACCCAGCCCUCGGGGCCAACAGUAUAUUUGGACCCAAAGAGGGUCCAGGGCUGCCUGGUCUCAGUAGUCCUCAUCAUGACACCUGGAAUCGGCUGCACCGAACACCACCCUCUUUCCCGACCCCUCCACAGUGGCCCAAAUCCGCAGAUGCAGAAAGAAGCAGCUCUGCAAACAGCCAUGACAGAGAGAGAGAGCGGGAGCGGGAGAAAGAAAAGGAACGGGAAAGAGAAAAAAGGGACUCUUCUAUUGGGAAGGAAGAGAAGGAUAAAGACAGAGAUUCUUUAGAUCGUAAUCGCCAUUCGAACCGCUCUUCUCCAGCUUCCGCUCCCGUUAGCUACCAGAUCAGCAGCCUGAUCCGCUCCAACAGCCAGAACUCGACCGACUCUGGCAGACACCGCAGCAGUAGUGCCGACCGCAACCGUGAGCCUGAGAAAGAGUUGCUGGACCGCCAGCGAGAGGCAGGCAUUUUGGGAGACACAAAGGUGAAGGAAAGUCAUUCUCCAGGAAAGGAAAUCACAGAUAGACGUUCCUCCGAUGACUCUCUUAAAUCCGUUCACCGAUCACCCUCUCCAUACUCGAAAAAUGUCCUUAACGAUGCAGGAAUCAAGAUGGGUAUCCCACAACCACUACCGAUGAAAGAAAGUGAAAGGGAUAGGAAGGAGACCAGCUCAGGUGAUCUGCUACAGAAGGUGAAGAAUGACAUGAAGAUCAAGGAGGAACGCAAGGAAGAGCCAGACGUGGUGGUGAUUGGAUCCGAAGCUGCCACCAAACCUCAAGUCGCUCCUCCGCCUCACCAAACCACACCAAUUGCUCACCACCAUGCGCUAUCCCAUCAGCCUCCUCCGCCAUCUCCUCGCUGCAGUGACCCUCCAACACCGUCCUCACUUCACGGAGUCCCCAUGCCACAUUCGUUGCCGCUCACUCUGAGUGCCAUGCAUCAAAUGGGAAGUCUGAAUGCACUUGAACGCACCCGCAUGGCACCUUUUAUGGGAGUCAGCCCUCUCGCAGCAGGUCGAGACCGCCUUCCCCAUCCGGCGUUUUGCUGGGAUCCCCUACGAGAGGCUUACCGAAACCUUGACCUUCAACGGCGCAUGGACUUCCAAUUGCGAUCUGAGCCCGGACACCGCUUCCCUGGUGUCUACGAUCCAGAACGGCCCUAUCGGGAACGGGAGCCACAUGACUACUCUCACCACGAACACCUCCUGGAAGUUCGGCGGGAACAGGAGAGACUUAGGCAACAGGCUGAGGAAAGGGAACGGUUGCAUUUAAGGGAGGAACUGGAUCGUGCAAGGCUCCACCAGCUUCACCAAUCACCAAUCGAAGGACACUUACCCCACAUGCCACCAUUUAUGUCACACCUUGGUGGGAUGCCAUACCCAAGGCUUAGCCCUUCAACAGGACAUAACGGACUUUUUAACAGGACACCCCCAACUGCAGCACUAAGUGCCCCUCCUCCUCUGGUACCCUCUGGUGCUGCCAGAGCAGCGUCGCCAAGACGGACAACGCCAAUCACCACCCAGGACCCUCGGGAUUACUCACCGUCACGCAACCCCAAAGAAGUGGAGGCACGGUAACAUACAGAAAGGAAAAUGCCUCAUUUGAGUUGGACACUGGCAACAUGCACUUAUUUUCACACAAAGUAGAGGAAAUGAUAAAUAGAUACGUGUAAUUUGUACAAAUGUUUGUACAUUGGAACAAGCACAUCAACCGGCUUUUUUAAUUGAUUGGAGUUGGGGAAAAGAGUUGGUAGCUCCAACUUGUGGUAGCGUAAGACGUAAACGUGAACUCUCAACCAGAAAUUUGAUAUUAAUAUAUGAAUCCGAUGCCUUUUCAGUUUUUUCAUGUGAAAAGACAUUCUGAAAUUUGUUUGUACAUUUCCUAUCCCUCAUGUAUAGACUUUUUUAUGUAUUUGCAUUAAGUUUCAUCCGUUCCCUGCCCUGUAUUUAUCAUAGUGAGCUGCUGGAUAUGGAUGUCUACAUAUUUGGUAAGAUCUCAUCUGAUUUGCUCUAUGGUACCUGGAAAUAUUCAGCAGUGGCCAUGUACAAGGUUACAUUUUGGAGGGGUUUUUGUUUGUUUGCUUGAUUUUCUUUUUGAGAUAUGCAGACAAAUAUGUAUUACGAUGUUCUUGUUUGGUUUAUGUAAAGUUUAAAGAUAUUGUAAAUAUCUUGUUGAUAUUACUUGGAACGAAAUGGCAUCGUACAUUUGUUAGGCUUUUUAAAUGUUUCUAAAAAACAAUGAAAUGAAACGGAACCACUUCCAGGUUGAAAACCGUGGCGACGGAAUUGUCCAAUCAGAGAAGAGGACUCGAAUGGGGGUGCUGUCAUGGCGGUGCAAUCUAUGCAAAGAUGAUUCAGAGCGCUCUGAUUGGACGUUUAUCAAAUGGAGUUCUAAAGUGGGAUCCUGGAUAACUGUUAUUCAUUUGUCUAAUGAAGAGCCAAUGAAACAAACAGCUAUAAACUUCCGGGUCAUAAAGGAACUGAUUUAGCAGUGAACACUUCUCCAGCCACAAAACCUGGACAUCUGAGAAACAUAUUGGAAUGAUUGGGGUGGCAAUAGACUCUUUCUGUCGACCUUGUGGUGUUGUGCAGUUGUUUUUCUUAGACUCUUGUAUACAAAACAAGUAGAGCUUUAGGCGUGAAAAAAAAUGAAAAUGAACAUUCAUGGUUUAAAAAUGUAUGGAAUAAAGGUUGGACCUUAUAUCUGCA